AUGACUUCUAUCCACCUUCUUCUCCUCCUUACCAUGUGCACUCCUGUCGCUGAGACAAACUACCAGCCAAGCGAUCCGGCUCCUUUUGACACGUUCUGUACUCGCGAGACCAGCACAACCACGGCAACGGAAUCAACCACUGUAUCCACGCCGACCACCGCCACGUCUUCAACUCCUGAACUCUCCUCUUCAAACUCGCCAUCGGUAUCCACGUCGACCACCGCUACGUCUUCAACUCCAACAACUGAAAUCUUCUCUUCAAACUCGCCAUCGACCGAAACUACUACCUGCGCUUCGCCAACUACUUCAACAAACGGACACUUGACUUCUACUACUGAUGGAGCUGCAACAUCUCCAAUCAAAACAGAGACUCCUAAACAUCAGAUAUGCUUUACCCCGAACCAAGCUACCUUCAGCAGAAAUAGCACCCUGAUCCAAGGCACGUGCAUCACCAAGCCGUUCACUGGAUACGCUAUGGCUAUCCGGCGCCAAGAUGACCUGGAAGAACGGGACUACUCGAAGAUUCUCACCUUCAAGCCAAUUGUGUUCUAUGAGAAGGCCAACGAGACAGGACCACACUUGUACUUGGAAAACCACCGCGGGCUGAAUGUGAUCUUCGUCUUCUACAACAACAAGAAGAACGUCGUCAUUCUGGAUGCAAGUCAGAAAAACAACUGCGCCAACGACAAAGCCGAUUGCCUACCCUUCGAGUACCGGGACAUCAAUGCAUUCAUAUACCACAUAUGCUGGGACAGGGACACGCAUGCGGACGGAAACUUCAUCGAUGCUUUGCUUGAGAAAAUGCUGUCGUGA